ACAGAAUUUAAUUGUUUUGUUCUCUAUAGUUUGUUUAUAAAUGAGACGAUUUUGAUUUCCACAAAAUAAUAUUGCAAAUGUGCAUUUUGAGGUAGUAUGGUUUUUUUUCGUUUUUUGGAAUGCAGGUCUCAAAUUUAACACUCAGCUAUUAUUAGUCAGAUUAUGUCGUUCAGGUCGUAAGAUUGAGAUUUUCUUAACUUGCAUCUAUCUUAUACAUCAUUACAACCUAUUUGAACGUGGUUCAAUAAUUUCGGACGACUGAUACUCCGUUCUAAUUUAUUUAAAAUGUCAACACAAAUAUUAGGUGGUUAUCACUUUUCAACAAUUUGAAGCCCAUUCUGCUUUCAUUGCUUUUUUAGUGAGAUUGUGGAUAAGAUUGAUCUGAAUAACGAUGGUCAAAUCACUUCAGAAGAAAUGGCUGAUUGGAUUUCGAAAGUGUCUAAGAAAAUGCUGCUUGAUGACGUUGAUCGCGCCUGGAAGGAUUUUGAGUUGCUAGACGGAGACAAGUUAUCUUGGGAGAAACACAUUGAUGAGUUGUUUGGUGAAGAUGGAGAUCUAGAGGACGAAGAUGAAGCGACAAAAAAAGCCUAUUCUGAAAAGGACAAAAGGCGUUGGACAGCUGCCGAUGUAGACGGAGAUGGAAAGUUGUCAAAACUGGAAUACCUGGCGUUCCUUCAUCCAGAGCAUGAACCAAAAAUGCGAAAUGUCGUUAUAAAGGAAACAAUGGAAGAAGUUGACAAAAAUAAUGAUAGCUUUGUCGAUCUUGAUGAAUAUAUUAGAGAUCUGUGGUCUCCAAAUUCACCUAACGAAGCGGAACCUGAGUGGGUUAAAACCGAAAGAGAGGAGUUUUCCAAACGACGCGAUAUUAAUGGAGAUGGGAAACUGGAUCUGGACGAGGUUGGGAAAUGGAUCGUUCCUGAAGAUUACAAUAAUGUCCAGGCAGAAGUAACCCACCUGUUCUCAGAAUCAGACGCAGAUCAGGAUGGAAAACUCAGCAAAAGCGAAAUAUUAAAUCGUUACGACUUAUUUGUUGGUAGUCAGGCAACCAAUUUCGGAGAAAUCUUAACUGGUCAUGAUGAACUAUAAUGUAAAGAUAUAAAAUUUAUUUAUGAAAUUAACCCGAUAACCGACUAUGUGUUAAAUGUGUUAAGGAUAUUUUUCUUCUAAAAGUCUAAAAUACUUUCUCUUGGUUCAUAGUUUAUCAGGUAUUGCACGUUAUUAUCUCUGUUUAAUAAACACCAUUAAUUCGUAAUUUAUUAUUAGUUUACACUCAUAUUUUUGAGGAAACUUCAUCAAUCAAGUUGUUCAAUGAAAUUUCUUAAAGAUCGUACGUUUUACAAGUGCCUAUUCUAACGCUCAUUUUGUUCUUGUCUCUCACAAACAAUGUCGUUUAUAUUUCAUUCUUUUGAGCUGUCCGUUUAUUUUUAUGUUUUAUACUUUUCAAUCGUUUAUUUGUAUAUGAAUCAAAAUAAUAGUUUAUCAGUCAGCUUUUGUGCGCAUGCUUGUCAUACAUGUCUUUAUUAACUUGAAAAAAUAUAUUGUUGCCUCACAUAAA